UACACCAGAAAAUAAUUAAGCAACAACAACUUAUUAAUUAGAUCAAGUUAGGAGGAGGCUGAGAAACAGUACUGGAAUCAAGUAAGAACCUCAUGAGCCCAAGAACACGGCGAAUCGCCGGCCUGCGCGAGUGCUUCGACUCCGGCGUCGCCGUCCCGUUCCUCUGCUGCCUCGCGCUCUCCGUCCUCACCUUCGCAGCCUCUUACCUCACCCUCCACCGGACCUCCUUCAAAUUCUCUCCCUUUCAGAGCCUGAUCUUCUCCUCCUCUCACCACCUACUCUACCUUCCGCAGCCCAACAACACCACUACUCCCCACCACGCACCUCCUCCCUCCAACUUAUGGCAUGAGAUGAGCGACGAGGAGCUGCUGCGGAAGGCGGCGACGACGACGACGACGGCGGCGGCUUCUUGCGGCGGCAAGGCCGAGGAGAGGAAGAAGGUGGCGUUCAUGUUCCUGACCCGGGGGAGGAUGCCGCUGGCGCCGCUGUGGGAACGGUUCUUCCGCGGGCACGACAGCAGGCUCUUCUCCAUCUACGUCCACGCGCCGCCGCCGGAAUUCACGGAGGAGCCGCCGCAGGGGUCCGUCUUCUUCCGGCGUCAGAUCCCCAGCAAGGUCAGUCGCCAGUUGCUUAGCUAAUCUCUUAUUAUGAUC